GGCCCGUGGGACCGUCCCCGCCGCUCCCGCCGGUCCCCGAGGGCACAGCGGCGGCGGCGGCGAUGCUCGUCCGCAGCUUUCCGCCGUCCCGGCGUCCCCGCCCGCCGCUCCCCGCGGCACCGGGGCUGCGGGGCACGGGGCGGACGGACCGCCGGUAGCCGCCCUCCCCUACCGGUACCGGCCCGGUAGCGGGACCCAACCCUGCGCCCGCCGCCCGCGGAGGAUGCUCCGGUGCGGACCGCGGCUCCCGCCUGCUGCCGCUGCCCCGGGGGCCGCGUCCCGGGCGGCGGCUCCCGGUCCCCGCGGGGCGGGAUGAGCUCCCGGCGGGGGCCCGGCGCUCCACCGACGGCCAGGGAGGAGGCAGCGGCGGUCCCGGGGCCGCGCGGUGUGUCCGGUCGGCGGUUUUAGGCCCGCCCCGGUCUGGCGAGGCCGGUUUUUACUCCACGGAGCUUCUGGCGGUCCCGGCUCCGCGUGUCCGUGGGCGCUGCCCGACCCCCCCUCCCGGGGCAGGGAAGAGGCACCGUCAGCAUCCUCCGGCAGGCCGAAAGGUGGAGCCCGGCCCGUUCCCGCAGAGCGGCUGCUCCCGCUCCCCGCGGUCCUGGCGCGGUGCCGCCGGUUGCCCCGGGGCUCCGGGGCCGGCCCCGAGCCGCCGCCCGCCGCGGCCAUGCCCUCCCCCACCGACUCCAGCCGCUCGCUGACCGGCCGCAGCUCCCGCAGCCUCACCCACCUCCGCCUCCAGCGCACCUGGCUGCAGGUCCUGCUGGUGCUGGGUCUCGUGCAAGCCAUCCUGGGCGUCCUCAUCGUCACCUUCAGCCUGGUGGCGGCCACCAUCACUCCCUCCACCAGAAUCCGUCACUCCUGCCCGUCCUGGGCCGGCUUCUCGCUGGCACUGUCUGGGCUGGUCGGCGUCAUCUCCUGGAAGCGGCCGCUCACCUUGGUGAUCGCCUUCUUCGCGCUGCUGUCGGUGCUGGGCGUCAUGCUGAGCCUGGCUGGCUCCAUCCUCUCGUGCCAGAACGCGCAGCUGGUGAAGACCCUGGAGGCCUGUGAGAGGGAGAGGGACACGUGUGUCUGCUGCCAGGCCCGCUCGGAGCCCCCGCCCGCCUCCUGCAGCCAGCAGAGCGAGAUGCUGACCAUGUUCCCCAACCCCAACUGCCGGAGCAUCCGUGUGGCACUCAAGGAUCUCCUCUUCAGUGUCUGUGGCUUGACCAUCUUCUCCACCGUCAUCUGCAUGCUCUCUGCUGUCGUGUGCUGCAUCCAGAUCUUCUCCCUUGACAUUGUCCAUGUGCUGGUCCCGCAGCGCUCGAGCUCUGUGACGUUGGAAUGCACGUCCCCACCUGACACCUUUCUGCAGAGCAUGAUGGACUUCGAGGAGUUUGUGCCUCCAGUGCCACCACCCCCCUACUACCCACCUGAGUACACCUGCAGCUCCGAGACGGAUGCGCAGAGCAUCACCUACAACGGCUCCAUGGACAGCCCCGUGCCCCUCUACCCAACCGAUUUCCCCCCAUCCUACGAGACUGUGAUGGGGCUGCGGGGGGACAGCCAGGUCACCCUGUUCGACUCGCAGCUGACUGAGAGCUCCCACGCCUGCACCUGCGACCGUGUCCCCUCCAUCGUGCUCAGCGGGGAAGUCUCCAUGGACAGCGGGUCGCUGAUCAUGUCCGAGAUCAUGGACAUCCCCGGGGACAGCAGCCCCUCGGAGGACUCGUGCCUGCUGGAGCUGCAGGGCUCCAUGCGCUCCGUGGAUUACGUCCUGUUCCGCUCCAUCCAGCGCAGCCGCGCCGAUUACUGCCUGAGCGUGGACUGCGUGCAGUGCAGCCACCACGCCCGCAGCCCCACGCUGGCCUUGCAGGGUCCCUUCGAGGAGACCCCCCAACCCCGUGUGCGGGGUGAGCGAUCCUACUCCUGCUCCACCGCAGAGCCCGGCCCCGAUGGCGUUUUGGUGGGGGGAGCUGUCACCCACAGCUGCAACAGGCUGGUGGGGCCGGCGCGUUGUGCCGGGCCGUGCUUCCCCGAGGUGCGCCUCAAGGACAAGGGCUCCACGCCACGGGGACGUGGGGGUGGCCGUCCCACGGACACCGCCACCGGACACCCCCGGCGCAACAGCGAGACCUCCUGCCCCUCGUCCCCGGCCCCGGGGCUGGCCCCGCGCCCGCUGCUGAGGGCACAUAGUGACCCCGGCGUGCCCAUGCUUGGCCGUGCUGCAGAUUUCAGGGAAGUUCUUUAUACCAAAGCACUGGAGGACACCGUGUCCGACUCCUCCGCUGAUACAGGGCUGUGCUCCGAGGCCUGCCUGCUCCACCGUUCCCACUGUGACUCCCCGCCGCUGCUCCGGGCCGGCUCCGUGGGGAAGAACAAGCUGCCACCCUGCAAAAAGGUGCCACAGCAGCUGUCCAAGACAACCACCCGCUCCCUGGGGGACCUCAAGGGCUACCGAGGCACCCGUGGGCUGGUGGCCAGGUUCCUGCAGAGACCCAAGCGCAGCCUGGCAGCUGGCAUGGAGGUGUCUGGGCACAGCUUCCACGGGCACAAACAGGUCCCCUGGAGUGCCUGGCCAGGCACAGAGCAGCCCCACGAAGGAAUCCACCUGCAGAGCUGCGGGGACCUGAGCUCCACCUCGUCCCUGCGGCGGCUCCUGUCCACUCGCCGGUUGGAGCGCGGCCGCCCCCGGAGCCUCAGCGGGACCUGCAAGGAGAGCGCGCUCUGAGGGCGUCAUCCCUCCGCUGUGGGGAGGGAAUCCCACUCUGGGCUCAGCCCUGGACAUUGCUCGGACAUUGCUGCUGCCCCGGGGCUUCGGCUGAGCCCCUUCCCCAAGCAGGGCCGGGGUUGGGGGCUGGUCCCCUUGGGGGCCGGGACAGCUGUGAUGGUUAUGCCCGUUCCCUGUCCUAUUCCUUGUUCUGGACAUGCCUGUCCCUUGCCCUGUCCCUUGUGCCAGCUGUGCCUAUUCCCUGGGAUGGCCACGCCUGUCCCCUGCCCUGUCCCUUGUGGUGGCUGUGCCUGACCCACGCACCGGCCAUACCCGUUCCCUGUGCCAGCCGUGCCUGUGCCCUGGGGCAACCAUGCCUGUCGCCUGUCCCCUGCCCUGGCCAUGCUGUCCUUUGCCCUGUCCCUUUGGCUGGCUAUGCUGGCUUGAUCGCCACCCCUGUCCCCUGCCCUGUCCCCUCCACUGGCCGUGCCUGUCUUCUGCCUUGUUCUUUUGGCUGGCCAUGCUGGCUUGAUUCUCGGUGCCCUGUGCCAGCCGUGCCUGUCCUCCAGGACGACCAUGCCUGUCCCUUGCUCUGUCCCCCUGUGCCCAUCUCCUCUCCCGCCCGGUGCCGGUCCCGGUGCCGGUGCCGGUGCCGGUCCCGGUGCUGGCCGUGCCUGUUCCUCCCCGCCCGGCUGCGCCCGGGCCGCGCUGCGGGGCCGGUCCUGCGGCCACCGCCGCUCGCUAGAGACCGAAUAAAGGUGCUCACCGCC